AACUCCGAUUCCGGCCAUCAAUCAACUUCUCAGAAUCAAUUAUUUUAGUCCUUCACCAAAACAAAAGUAUUUAAUCAUUUCUUUCCUAGAUGUAGUAGGUAAGUCAAGACUAUACGCCUCCAUAAUUUCAUAUCGAAAGCUCAGUUUUAGCAAAAAAAAAAAAAAAAAAAAAAAACACAAUCAGUUUGAUUUUCUUAUAAACAGCCACAACCCACCACCUUGAAACCUGAAUUCUCGAUCUGGGUAUUUUCUUGAGCUAUGAAUUUCAGGAGUAUGGAUGAAUUCUGGCCAUAUUACAUGAGUCAACACUCGAAUCCGGCGACAAGGCGUUGGCAUUUUGGUGGGACUUUAGCUAGUAUUAUCUGUUUGAUAUAUUCUUUAUGGUUUAACUGGUGGUUUCUGUUUCUUGUGCCGUUGUUUGGAUAUGGUUUGGCUUUUUACAGCCAUUUCUUUGUCGAGGGGAAUGUUCCGGCGAGUUUUGGGCAUCCGGUUUGGUCAUUUUUGUGUGAUUUGAAGAUGUUUGGUUUGAUGGUUACUGGUCAAAUGGAUAGGGAAAUUAAGAGACUUGGUAAGAGACCUGUUUUGCCUGUCUUUUGAUGACUACACAAUUGUAUAUAACAUUUGGAUUGAUUGAUUGGUUGUCUUUUCAUUUGAUUAUUUAGCUUCCUUUCUCAAGUGUAUGUUUGUAAAUGUAAUAAAAAAGGGUUGGAUUUUAGUGAUUUCAUAUUUGAAUAA